AUGAAGCUGCAGAAAGGAGACAAAGAUGAUGAAACAUUUCAAAAUGUCAUUCGUCAUGCGGAGAACAACACAAAUACUCUGUUCAGAACGACAUACCGGAACAUGGCCUUUCAGACAGCUGCACCAAUUCGAGAAUUCUUCACCGAUGUUGCACUUUUUGUAUUUGGCUCAGAGAUAAAUGUUGAUGAGUUUGUUAAUAGAUUUUUUGACAGUCUCUUUCCUUUGGUCUACAAUCAUCUAAUCAAUCCUGCUCUCACUGACAUCGCCUUGGACUUUGCUGAAUGUGUGCGGAUGGCAAGAAAGGACUUAAAUCCCUUUGGUCACCUUCCCAAGUCAAUAAUAAGUCAAAUGUCCAAAUCACUGAUGGCCAGUCAUGUUUUCUUGCAGGCUUUAAAUUUAGGAAUUGAAGUUAUUAACACGACUGAUCAUUUGCAAUAUACCAAAGAAUGCAGCAGGGGGUUAUUGAAGAUGCAGUAUUGUUCCCACUGCCAAGGUCUGACUAACAGGAAACCAUGUAUGGGGUAUUGCCUGAAUGUGAUGAGAGGGUGCCUGGCUAACAUGGCAGAAAUUGAUCUACACUGGCGGGAGUACAUUCGGUCAUUGGAGGAAUUGUCAAAUGGAAUACAUGGAGCUUAUGACAUAGAGCAAGUUUUGUUCAAUCUCCAUUCACUGGUGAAUGAUGCUAUUAUGAAUGCACAAAUCAACGGGCCGAAGUUGUCAGCAAUGGUAAAUAAAGCGUGUGGACAUCCUAUUAGAAAACCUGCAGAGUCUUCAGGUUACCAGCCGGAUGUGUACAGUGAGAAGCAUGGGCUGAAAAUCAUACAGAAAGAGAAUGAGGAGACGUUGUCCAGCAGAAGAAAAGAAUUUAUCAACAGUCUUCGGUUAUAUCGGACUUUGUAUGGCGGAUUGGCUGAUCAGUUAUGUGCCAGUGACUUGGCAGCUGCCGAUGGAUUGGUGUGCUGGAAUGGAGAAGACGUUGUGAAAAGUUACACUCAUCGAGUAGUUGGCAAUGGCAUCAAAGCUCAGUCAAGCAACCCAGAAGUGAAGGUGAAAGGAACUGACCCAGUCAUAAAUCAGAUCAUUGAUAAACUGAAGCACAUCAAUCAGCUUUUACAGGGCAAGUCGAUCCCCAAGUAUGAGACGUGGCACUCAGCAGAAAAGGGUAGCGGGGAAAUGGAUGACAGUGAUGUGCAAAUCAGCGGAGACUGUGAUGAUGAGGAUGGUUGCCUUGGGUCGGGAAAUGGAGAAGAGAAAAAAUCUUCCAAAGCCUCUGAACGUGAGUCUUGCAUGGUGCUCGAACUACCCAUUUGGUCGCACACACUCAUUCACACUUUGAAAGCAUGUUGGCAGUAA